AUGGAGAUCUGUGACAUCAUCAAUGAGACUGAGGAAGGGCCUAAAGAUGCCAUGCGUAUGGUGAAAAAGAGGCUCAACGGCAACAGGAACUUCCGUGAAGUGAUGCUGGCUCUUACCGUUCUGGAGACUUGCGUGAAAAACUGCGGCCACCGUUUUCACGUCCACGUCGCCAAUAGAGAUUUCAUCGAAGGCAUCUUGGUGAAGAUCAUCACUCCGAAGACCAACCCUCCGGCUAUAGUACAGGACAAAGUGCUGUCACUGAUUCAGGCUUGGGCAGAUGCCUUCAGGAGCAGCCCGGACCUCACUGGAGUCGUGCACAUUUACGAGGAGCUGAAGAGGAAAGGAAUUGAGUUCCCGAUGGCAGACCUGGAUGCUUUGUCGCCCAUCCACACGCCACAGCGGGGUGUCCCAGAGGUAGAUCCAGGCACGCACAAGUACAGAGCGUCUGCUCAGCCAAACGCGGCGUCUCAGACGGGCCCUACACCUGCAGCUGCCGCCACAGCUGACUUCAACCCCGCCCAGAUCCCACCCGUAUCAGGACCCAUCACAGCAAACCCAGAGCAGAUCGCAAGGCUGAGAAGUGAGCUGGACGUUGUGCGUGGGAAUAUUAAAGUGAUGUCGGAGAUGCUGACAGAGAUGGUGCCGGGCCAAGAAGACGCCUCUGACCUCGAGCUACUCCAGGAGCUGAACAGGACGUGUCGAGCCAUGCAGCACAGAGUAGUGGAGCUCAUCUCCCGCGUGUCUAAUGAAGAGGUCACCGAAGAGCUGCUGCACGUCAACGAUGAUUUAAACAACAUCUUCCUGCGUUACGAGAGGUAUGAGAGAUACAGAGUAGGCAGAGCAGCACAAAACAACGGGGUCCUGAAUGAGGCUUCAGAGGAGGAUAAUCUAAUAGAUCUGGGUCCUGCUUCUCCAGCAGUGGUCACUCCUCGGGUCAGCACUACACCCACUCGUACACCCACAUCCACCCUUCAGCCCGCUCCCCCUGCUCCUGCUGCAGCGUCUCUCUCCACGCAGCUUGCUGGACUCGAUGUGGGUGCAGACAGCGUCAGCGGCACUCUCAGCUCUCUGAGCGCUCACAACCCUCAGGACGACUUUGACAUGUUCGCCCACACCAGGUCCAGCUCUCUGGCCGACCAGCGCAAAAACGUUAAAUAUGAAGAACCUCAGGCUCUGGUGGGCCUGGCAUCCGCUUUGGACAUCAGACAGCAAAAUGCCACUGGGCCGAAUGUAAAAGGUCCUAACGCUGAGUUGGAGCCCAUAGACAGCUGGCUCAUUACCCAAGGAAUGAUCCCCGUAUCGCAGUCCUCUGUCAUGGAUGACAUUGAGGAGUGGCUCUGUGCCGAUGUGAAAGGUGAAGAGGCCGAGGAAGGAGUCACGAGUGAAGAGUUCGACAAGUUUUUGGAGGAGCGGGCCAAAGCUGCAGACCAGGCCUCACCGCUGGCCCCCGCCGGAGAGCCCCGGCCCCCAGCGAGCGGCCGAAAGAGGACACAGCAGACGGAGGACAAUCUCUUUGCCUUGUGAAACAUUCCCCCGAGCGCUCCUCCCGUCCCUUUACAACCCCGCUGGUGUUAUACGUCUAAUACCCCCCCGCACUGUGAGCGUCCAGCUUGGUAACCGCAGACUCUGAGCUAAGCACACAUGUAGCCAGAAUGAUUCUCUUUAGAGAGCUCGCUGCUUUCACUCCUGUCUAAUAAUCGUCAAAUAGAGUAUUUAUCGUUCGUUAACGGACUAACGCUCUUGUCAUUCCGUGAGGUGAGGCGUCGAAGCGGUUGGGCUGUGGGAUUCAGUCUGUCUCUGUGGUAAACAUUAGAUCUCACUCGGGAGCGAGGAGACUCUCGUUUAUGAGGCUUCGGCGGCCAUAUUCUCGUGAUCAUGUGCGGAUUACCAAAGACAGAAGAAUAAAAGCGUUUUUCGUCGCUAAAGGUUUUUGCGAGCAAGCAAAAAAGCGGUUUUACGGUUUAAAAGGCACCGUUCGAGGGCAUUUAAAGCGUCCGCAAAUGCAAUUUAAUGAUCCAAAAAUAGGAAAAUGCAUCCUAAUUUUGGUGGUGAUGGAGGAUUUACUGGAACAUUCUUGUUUAAAAACAAAUUGCAUAUUUCAUCCCAAAAUCAAUAGAAAUAUUUAGAUUUGUGCAAAACUGUUUUCAACAUUGGUGAACAAUAAUAAUAAUAAUAAUAAUACGUACAUAUGUUUAGCUGUUUCCGACAUUGAAAAUAAUAAUAAAUAUUUUAACUCUUCAUAACUGUUCAACAUUAUUAAUAAUGAUAAUAAAAAUUAUAAUAAAUAUUUCAACACUAAUGAUAAUAAUAAUAUUUUCAGCUGUUUUUAA